UUCGUGGUUUUAAACAAGUGAGAGAGCGACACAGACAGAGUAGCUGCACUUGAUGAGGAAAAGGUUUUGACACUUACUUCACAGUGAUAAUCUGCAGUCAUCGGCAGCGGAGUGCAGCGAAGAAAUGGAGCCAGAAGAGAUCAGAGAGGGAUACCUGGUCAAAAAGGGUACAGUGCUAAACUCCUGGAGGGCAGUGUGGGUGGUGCUGUCUGAAGAUGGGAUGGAAUUCUACAAAAAGAAAACAGACAGUUCUCCAAAAGGAAUGAUCCCGUUAAAAGGAGCCACACUCACCAGCCCCUGUCAGGACUUUAGCAAGAGGAUGCUGGUUUUCAAGAUCACCACAGAGAAGAAGCAGGAUCACUUCUUCCAAGCCUCACACAUGGAGGAGAGAGAGUUUUGGGUUAAGGACAUCAAGAGAGUCAUUACCUGCCUACAGGGCGGGAAAAGGUUCGCCAGAAAGUCCACAAGACGCUCCAUUCGCCUGCCUGACACAGUCAACCUUGCUCAGCUGUACACACGGAUGAAAGACCAGGAUGAAGGAGUGAAAGAGUUAAAACUGGAGCAGAAUAAUCGAGUCUUCAACCACUGCUUCACCGGUGCAACAGUGGUGGAGUGGCUUGUUUCGAAGGAGAAUGUGAGAAACAGGCCUGAGGCCCUCAUGUUAGCAACAGGGCUCCUGACUGAGGGUUUUCUUCAGCCUGCAGGUGACCUGUCAAAGGAGAGCGCGGAGAGUGCGGAGCAAACAGCUUUCUUAGAUGACACAAAAGCUCUUUACUACUUUGCAGACAGUGGGUUCUUCUGCGAAGGCUACUCCAGUGAUGAAGAUGUGCUGGUCAAGGAAGAAUUCAGAGGAAACAUCAUCAAACAAGGAUGUUUGCUCAAGCAGGGUCAUCGGAGAAAAAACUGGAAGGUGCGAAAGUUCAUACUGAGAGAUGACCCUGCUUACAUGCAUUACUACGAUCCUACAAAGGGUGAUGAUCCCCUGGGCUCGAUCCAUCUACGUGGGGCUGUGGUCACAGCUGUGGAGUUUGUGCCCGAUGCUAAAAAAUACGACGUUGAUGGGAACCUCUUUGAGAUCAUCACCUCAGAUGAGAUCCACUACUUCUUCCAAGCUGCUACCGGCGAAGAAAGGAAGGAGUGGAUCAAAGCAAUACAGACGGUGUCAAAAAGUGGGAAGUAAAAAGAAUGGUAGAGCAGCAAGGGGAAUUUCUGUCAGCCGCAGCUGAACUUCCUGAAUGUAAAACUUUUAUAGAUGUUUAAUUACAGCUAAGCAUAACUGAAUUACGAUUUGUGCUGUUUUAAUUCAUACUUGAGUUAACGGCAGGCCUCACUCAUCUGUACUUUCAAACUACUGAUAAAGUGUAUUUGCACCAUGUGACUAAUACAAAUUAAUUAAAGUUAUAUUGUUUAGAUUUAACAAAAUGAGGUUUCCCUUAUUAUUAAGUAAAUGCAAAGUAAUAAUAGACUCGACAUAUUGUGAAGUGAGAACAUUUUAGUUUCAUAUAUGUCUAUAAAUGUGCUUCAGUGUAGAAGAGUGAGCAGUAAGCCUUAUAUAAAGCCACAAACCAUAAACAGUUCUCGCAGCGUUAUCUAAAAUGCAAUGAGGUGGAGAAGGGCCAUUACAAGGAAAGGGAAUUUUUUUUUUAGUUGUCAGUUUGUUAUUCACUAGGCUGUGGUUUCUCUGAUUUCCUCCUCACUCUCCUGUCUGUCAAACGUUUCAGAUAGCUAGAGCUAUCACACCAGCGCCCUUAGUUCCCCAGUGUGAACUGACUCUGAAACACACAGUGUCACUUUGCAAGUGACAGGCCCCUGGGCUGCUUCUUUGAGAAAGUUUAUCAGUGACAACUGUGACUGGCUUCAGUUACAGGAUGACUGAACUUUAGUUAUAAUAAUGCAAACUGAGUCAUCAGCAAUGUGCGGGUAACCUCAGGUUUAUUACAAAUGCUGGCAUCACAGUUUCCAUAUCUUCAAUUAGUUGGUAUUCUGUUUACUAAAAAAAAAAAAAAAGAAAAAUUAAAAAAGAAACUAU